AUGUAUAAUAUACUUAGAGCGAAAAAUGCCUUCAAGCAAAAUAGAAAUAAAACACCAUAGGAAUCUAUAAAUCAGAGGCAACCUAGUUAGAGUGUAUAUGAUUAAAGCAAUUAUUCGUUGAGUGUGACCAAAAGUAAAACUAAUAACUCAACUACUAUGAAUACGAUAAAUAGAACAAGUAACUCCUUCUAUAUUGGUCCAAGAAGGGACAAGUUGUAAACUUAUACAAUAGAGUUAUAAAAAACUAUGGAUGCUGAUUUUGGGAAUAAAUUAAGAACAGGUCAUAGGGAGAGUGGCAGACAGAGUAGAAAAGUACAUACCUCUUAUGGACAGAAUGAUUAAAGACUUAUAUAACAUAGUAAAUCUGUCAUUUAUGGAAAAAAAGAAGUGGAAAAUGAUGAUGAACAAACAUAAGAAAAUAUGACCAUUGUUUAAUAGGGGUUGAUCUAAGAACCUUCUAAACCAUUAAUCAAUACAAAUGAAGAAUUGACUAAAAUAAAAGAACAAGUUAAUUCUAUGUAUAAGAAUUUGGAACCUGACACUAUGGAAGUAGAUUAAUGGGAUUAUUAGGUAGACUAUGGGAAACUAGAACUUAAAGUAUUUAGUUUGGAUGAAUUGAGAUAUUUAAUUUAAGAAUUUGAAAAGGAAGAAUAUGAAAGAAACUAUUUGACAAUGGAUAAAAUUCUAUUGAAAAAUAAGUUUUUUUAGAGAUUUGGCUAGGGAAUCAGGAUUGGAAUAAUGGAAAAAGCCUCUAUGGAAAUUCAUGAUGUUGGAGAAGUCAUUCUUCAAUUGGGUGCUAAUAGCAAUAACCUUUAUGUCAUACUUAGAGGAUCUUGUUAAUAGACAUUGACUAUGGACAUUCAAUUAGAAGAAUAUCAAUGUUUGACUGUCUAAUCUUAUUUUGAUGGUUAAGAUUUAUCAGAGAUCAAUUUAUUGUAAUUAAAUAAUAGCAGGGGAUAUUCUGCAAAUAAAUUCAUAGAUAUGGUUGAGGAAAUUAAAGAGCAUCCAAAAUUCAAAGAUAUGUUAAAAAAUGAAAGAACUAAAUUGAUAACCAGUCAUAUAUCUUGUGCAGAAAAAACAUAUUUAUUGAGAAUGGACAAUGAUCAAUUCUAAAAGAUUUUGAAAUAGUCAAUUGAAAAAGACAAAGAAUUCAAAUUGAGUAUCUUAUCAUAAAUCAGAUUUUUCUAACAUACUUCUGCAUCUCAAUUAUUGCAUUUGGUAGCAGAGUUGGGAAUUCAAAAAUACUUUUAGGGAGAUUGCGUAGUAAGAAAGGGAGAUUAGUUAAACAGAGUGAUUAUAAUAGCUUAAGGUGAGUUUGAUAUUGUGGAGGAAAUACAACUUUAGAGGGAAACAAGAAAUUAUUAUUUAGAGAACAAAUUAAGACCUUUGGUGCAUAGAAAAAUCAUAGACAGGAAUACUAAACCUAUGAUACCUAGAGAUUUUGCUGAUUAAUCUUUUGAUUUAUCUUUAAAUAACAAUUCAAAAUAAUAAGUUAUACGAAAUUCAAAAUGCUACCAAUAUUGUAAUAAGUAAAUUAGAGGCAAAAAUGAAAUCGCAUAUACACAUUUACAUGUAUUGAAAACAUUGAAGAAAUGCGAUGUAAUUUGUGGUAGAUCAUUACUAAUUUUAUAUGACAAUGAGUAUGAUUAGGAAGAGUCAAGUAAUGCAAAAUUGACUGUUGUUGUAAAGAGUGUGUAAGGUUAAGUUUUCUUUUUGGAUGAAAAAAGAUACUAAAAUCUCCCAGAAAGUUUACAAAAUCAAAUUUUAGCAGGAUUAAGAUCUAUGAAGGAAUUUGAUGAUUAUGAGAUAGAUCACAUUAGGAAACAAAUAAGAACAUGGGAGAAAUAUAAAUAAAAUUUAUAUAAACAGUUUAUAAUGGAGAAACGCUAAAAUACUUUUAAAACAUACUGA